AUGCCUUCCCCGAUCCCUGUGACCCGCCUGCUGCCCAGAGACCUCUACCCCUCCCUGGACAUCGGGACGUGCAGCAGCCCGCUGACCAAACACCCGCACGGCUCCACCCUACAGGUCCCUGCUCAGCGGCUCCACGGCAGAGUCGGAAGCCGGCUCUGGUCCUCCGUCAUCCUGUGGAAGGAGCUGCGGUCCGUGCAGCCGGUGGGCUCCGGCGGGUUCGGCUCCGUGUACCGGGCGGAGUACCUCGGGGAGACCGUGGCGCUGAAGCGGGUGAAGAAGUGCACGAAGAACCAGCUGGCUUCCCGCCAGAGCUUCUGGGCCGAGCUGAACGCGGCGCACCUGCGACACCAGAACAUCGUGCGCGUCAUAGCGGCCACCACCUGCGUGCCCGCGGACCGUGGAGAUGAGAGUAGCAUCGGGACGAUCCUGAUGGAAUUCGUCGGGACCCGGGACCUGCAGCAGAUCAUCUACGGCGGCGCGGAGCAGCUGGGGGGGGACCGGUGGUUCAGGUACUCCACCGACAUCCUCCGCGGGCUACGGUUCCUCCACUCCCACGGCGUCGUUCACCUGGACAUUAAACCGGCCAACGUGCUCGUGUCCGCUCAGGACGUCUGCAAGAUCGUGGACUUCGGUUGUUCUGUGAAACUGGACCGCGGGUCUGAGCCGAGCGCCAUCAGCCCCCACUUGAGCCACGUAGGCGGCACGUACACGCACCGAGCCCCGGAGCUGCUGAAGGGCGAGGGGGUGUCUCCUAAAGCGGACAUCUUCUCCUUCGGGAUCACGCUGUGGCAGCUGAUCACCAGGGACCAGCCCUACACCGGAGACCGGCAGCACGUGCUCUACGCCGUGGUGGCGCACAACCUGCGGCCGUCGGUCCAGGACCACCCGUGGUUCGGGUCGGAGCAGGGCCGGCUGUGCAGGACUCUGCUGAGCCGGUGCUGGAGCGGAGAGGCACGCUGCAGACCCAGCGCCCAGGAGCUGCUGCCUCACCUGGAGCAGCUGAGGCCGAGACAUGAAUCAGUGCAGGCGGGGAACACGCACCGGCAGCCGGACAUGUUGCAUCUUCUAGUCGGUACAUCAGCUGCUCAGGACGGAGCAGAGGACUGA